UUAUUGUGGGAUGCUUCCUUCGUUACACAUACACAAGAGAAGAAGAAAAGAGAGAGAGAGAGAGAGAGAAUGCACACUCGAACUCAUGGCUUGAGUCCCUCAAGCUCUCAUCUGACUAUAUGUUACCUCAGCCACCCAACCUCGAAAAUCCUAGCUUAUGCAAGACAACCUGUUGGUGAUGUGAAGAAGUUGAAUGCUAAGCGGAAUAAGAAGCUUUGCUGGCGUGUAGAUUCGAAGAUGUUUUCCGAUGCUAGAGGGAAAUGGAACCAUGUUUCCCUGUUGAAUGGAGUUUUGAAAAUGAAUGUGCAUUCGCGGCAAAUGGAGAGUCGAGGCGCUAUAUUUUCAACUGCUGAGGGAGGGAACUUGAGCACUGUUAUGCAGAGGAAGAGAAAUGUUGUGGAACACAUUUGCCUGCUGAAAGCAAAGGAGAACUUGUCUGAUGAGGAGGAGAAAGAUAUGUUGGAUUAUCUUUAUACCACCCAGUAUCAAAUGGGCGGCAUUAUUGCAAUAUCAUUAGGACGUAUCUCUGGUCAAAAUCAUGAAAAUUAUACCCAUGCUAUCUACAUGCGAUUCCAGAAAAGGGAAUACCUUGCAAAAUUCUACCAGAAUCCUUUCUAUCUGGGAGUUCUUAAAGACCAUGUAAUGCCUUACUGCCAUGAGAUAGAUAAUGUGGAUUUCGAAUCUGAAGUAGAAGAUGACAUUCUUCCCAUAUUUCGUAAAGGAGAGGAUUUCAACUAUGGUGUGGAGUUCGUGCUUCUUAUAGCGUUUCUUGAAGGUUCAUUGGGUGGGCCUGCUGAAGAUGCACUGGCUUCCCUGGAAAAGCUGACUCUGAAUUUUCCAUCCUUGAUUGUCCAAGCUACUCAAGGUUCAAAUAUUGAUGAUAGCGAUAUGGAGUAUACCCAUGGAGUAGUGAUACGAUUUCGGUCACGUGAGAUCUCUUACUAUACGCAACCCAUAUUUUGAGAUCUCUUUUAGGUUGACUCCUAAUUGUUGGUGUGUUUUCCAGUUGAUGCUCUCGAAAUAUUUAUGAAGAGUUCAGAAUACAAUGAUGUAAGGGGCCUAAUCUAUCAAUUAGCUAUUUUUUCAUUCAAGAGUGCUUUUCUUUGGCUGUUUUUUUCACCUACUUCUCCACUCAAGUCCUUUUUAAUGCACAUAGAUGUGGCCCAGAGCUCUUUGCCUCUUAUUUUUUCGCGCAAUGCUUAAAAUUCUUAAAGAUGUAUAAUAACUGAUAGAAAAAUCAGUUUAAAUUGGGGUCCAGCACCAGUUCUCAAGCUUUGGCUUUACUUUUACUUCGGUCAUAGGCAAAACUGAUCCAAAAUUUCCCUUGAAAUGUUGGACAUUUUAUUUGGUAAAAGUCAAAAUUUAAGGGAGCCAUGAAAUUUACCAACUAUUGAUAAGGCUUGGAACUAAGCUCCAAGUUUAAGGUGGAAAUCUGUAUAUCCUCUUUGAAAUAAAAGCUUGAAGAGAUAAGUGAUUGGAGUCUGAUUUUUAUUUGAUAUUUGAAAAAGCAGAUGUGGAGGUCAAAAUUUCAGCCAAUCACUCAAAAGGCUCUUCCCGUUCAUUUCUCCGUAGAUCCGGUUGGAAGUGAGAUUAUGUAACAAGUUUUCAUUGGUUUCAGAGUGUGAUUUCCUGCUUCAUUGAGUUGAAAUAUACCCAAAUACAAGCAUCUUACUUUUUCUAUGAAUGGAAUUUGGAAAAAAAGAGAUUCUUGCUAUGGGUGGGUCUUCUUUUUAGGUAACAGCAGGCAGGUAACUACUUAAGAAUCUAAACCUGCUGACAUCUUUUUGUUGGUUGUUCUAUAUUCUGAUUUUACAUUUUUCUGUGAGGAACAGGUGUUAUUUCUUGCUGCGUCUCUUUUUCAAACUUAGUGGAGGUUCUAAGAAAGACUUUUCUUGUUUGUGUCACUGUGUGGAUAUGUUGUAUGUAAACGUGCACAUUCUGGAUGAAGAAGAGCUGUUUUCAUUGUU